UCCGCGCGCCGCUGGUUCACUUCCUCUCGGAGCGGAGCGGAGCUACACAGUCACAGUAUGCCCGGUAAACCCCGCGAGCACUGAGUACCGGAGAACCAAGCCGAACCGAGCCGAGACUAGCGGUUCGGUUACACACCGCUGUACCCGCGGAGUGUCCCGCGGAGUACCGGAGCCGAGCAGCCCGCGGAGACACGCAGAGAGAGUGAGAGGAGGACCGGGAGAGAAUGUGGCCCCAACACUCGUCUUCAGGAAACCCAGACCCUCUGCUCAAGUGUUGAUGUGUGAAUUCCAAAUCCCAAGUAGGAGUGAGUUGCUGAGACCAACGCCGCCGACCAGAAGUGUGAGAUCAGACAUUGGAAUACGCUGGGAUCAUGCAGGUGAACAAUGGCCCCGGCCGCCUUCCCGUUUUCAUGGCUCCGUCUAACGGGUCUGCAGGCUACGCUCCCGGCAGGAUAGCACCCGUUCGGUCUCCACCUCCUGCCAAAGCUCCACCCCCACCACCACUGAAGCCCCCAGCCCCGCCCCUGAAGCCCUCAGUCCCGCCCCCUGCGAAUUCUGCGGCCUUUCACUUGUCCGAGGCCAGGAGCCGGAGGGAGCACGCUCAGAACCAGCAGAGGAAGAACACCUACAUCUGCACUGGAGUGUUCCUCGGGGCGCUGCUGCUCACUCUCAUCCUGGUCCUCAGCCUUACCACCGGAGAUGCCUUAGAUGAGAAUUGUCCAGAUCAGGACCUGACACUGAGGAACUGGAACCCGGGUCAGAACCCAAAGAAGGCUGUGGUGGUGGGCAGUGGUGAACGGCUCCGCCUGGCCUCCUCAGCCACACUACAGUCCCUCACUAUUCUCUCAGGAGGUUCGGUCGUCUUUGCUGACAAUAAGGACGGUUCCAAGAACAUAACCCUGCAGACCCGCCACGUUCUCAUUGAUGAUGGAGGUUCUCUUCACAUUGGUGGUCCCAAAUGCCGCUAUCGUUCGAGGGCCACCAUCACUCUGGUGGGCCGUUCAGAUGACGCCUCCAUCGCAGAAGUCCCCGUCUUCGGCCGGAAGUUCGUGGGCGUGCGGGCCGGGGGAACCCUGGAGCUCCACGGAGUCGCUCGGCCCUCCUGGACCUUCCUCACCCGCACGGUGCCCGCCUCCGGCCUGGCCACGGGCGGCUACGCCUUCCAGAAGAACUUCAGCCGGGGCAUCAACCUGCGCGUUCUGGACCAGGACACCGGAACCAUGCUGACUGACGAGCGCUUCGACACGCACGACUCGCUGAACGACAGCCGGAGACUCGGCCAGCAGCUGCGCUCGCUGCCCCCCGGACGCAUCGUCGCCCUGGCUGUGGGCGACUCCGCUGUCAAGAGCCUGCUGGAAGAGACCAAGAAGACCAUCCAGGAGCUUCUGGGGAGCAGCUACGUUAACGACCUCAAAUACAGGCAGGCGUGGGCUCUGGUGGCGGUGGUGGGUGGAGGAAACGGCUCCUGCACUGAGGACACGCGAGAGCAUGAGAACCAUGACACGGGAGGCAGGGCUCUGGCUCGGCGGGACUUCGUAACGGUUGAUGGUGUUCGGUUCUCUGUUACAGCCUACAGCGAGUGGAGGAACGGUUUCCCGAUAUCAGGUUUCCAGGUGGACGCAGUAGACCAGGUGGUUCUGAACCUGCAGGAUGAUGUGAGCAGCUGGAGAGCCGGAGAGCGCAUCGUGGUGGCGAGUACCGAUUACUCCAUGCACCAGGCCGAGGAGUUCACCCUGCUGCCCUGCCCACACUGUACUAAGAGACAGGUCCGCAUACAAGGGAAGCCUCAGUUCACACACAUGGGGGAGAUAGUGGACGGGGUGGACAUGCGAGCGGAGGUGGCCCUGCUGUCCAGGAACAUCCUGAUCCAGGGGGAGAUGGAGCGCUCCUGCUACGGAAACAACUGGUGCCAGUACUACAACCACGACACCUUCGGCGGACACGUGAAGGUUCUGGGUAACUUCUCCUCGGUGCACCUGUCUCAGGUGGAGCUGAAGAACAUGGGUCAGCAGGCAGUGAGAGGAAGUUACCCUGUUCAUUUCCACCUGUGUGGAGACGUGGACCAGCGGGGGGGCUACACCCAGCCCACCUACCUCGACUCCCUUUCAAUACACCACUCCUUCUCCCGCUGCGUCACCGUCCACGCCACCAACGGCCUGCUGGUGAGGGACACUGUGGGCUACGACACUCUGGGCCACUGUUUUUUCCUGGAGGACGGGAUCGAGCAGAGGAACACCUUCUUCCACAACCUCGGAUUAGUGACCAGACCGGGCACCAUUCUGCCCACCGACCGUAACGACACCAUGUGCACAGAGAUCAGAGACCGCGUGUACAAGGGCUACAAUCCCUCACCAGCCACAGAGUGCAAGGCCGUGUCUACCUUUUGGAUCGCCAACCCGAACAAUAACCUGAUCAACAACGCAGCAGCUGGUUCACAGGAUGCAGGGAUUUGGUACAUCUUCCACAGCUCCUCCACAGGAGACACUCACGGUCUGGUUCCAGAGACUAAAGCAGAACUCACUCCGCUGGGCAUUUUCUACAACAACCGAGUUCACUCCAACUUUAAGGCUGGUCUUUUCAUCGACAAAGGAGUGAAGACCACCAACGCCACUGCUGCAGACCCUCGCGAAUACCUCUGCCUGGACAACAACGCCAGGUUCCGCCCCCACGAGGACUCAGACCCCACCAAGCCGAGAGUGGCGGCCCUCAUCGACACGCUCAUCUCCUUUAAGAACAACGACCUGGGAGCCUGGAUACGUGGAGGUGAUAUAAUCAUACAGAAUUCUGGAUUUGCAGACAACGGUGUUGGAUUGUCAUUUGCAAGUGAUGGUAGUUAUCCUAAAGACGUGGGCUCCAGUCAGGAGGUGUCGGAGUCUCUGUUUGUUGGGGAGAGUAAGAAUCGCGGAUCUAACGGAGGACAGAAUAAAUACUGGGGUGUUGGAGGAGUGGACGGCAGGAUGAGGACACUACCCAGAAAUAAGACGUUCCCCAUCCGUGGGUUUCAGAUCUACGACGGGCCAGUUCGGCUGCUCCAGAGCACCUUUAAAUCAUACAUGCCGACGUCUGAUCGCUUCACCAGCGCAGUGGGCUUUAACCUGAAGAACGUCUGGCAGCUCACGCCAAGGAACAACCUCUCCAGCCUCUCCUUCCUCCCCAGUGUCACUCUCCGUGCGUUUUUCGGCCGGCCGGGUCAGUGGUUUGAAGAAAACGAUCUGGACGGCGAUAAAAACUCCAUCUUUCACGACCUGGACGGCUCAGUGAGCGGAUACCCCGAUACAUACGUGGCCAGAGCUGACAACUUCCUCAUCCGCCACCCUGAGUGUGUGCUCAUGCCACAGUGGAACGGGUGUGUGUGCAGUGGCCGCUAUGCUCAGGUAUAUAUAAAGACUACAGGUGUGCCCAACCUCAGCCUGUCUAUCAUCAGAGACGAGUACCCCGACAGGCCGAUGGUGCUGAGAGGCAUCAACAGCCAGGCGGCGCCCUCGCAGCAGUACCAGCCCGUCCUGAUGAUGAGCAAGAGCUACACGCUGCACUGGAACGGCCAGGCGCCCAGAGAGAUCGUCCUGUCCCUCGCCAACUUCGACGUGGGAGACUGGGCUCUGUUAGGCCUCUGCUACCCUCCAGACACCGUCUUCCAGGUGAUGUCGGACAUUUACAACCGGCAGACCGGUUUUGAUGGAAUCGAGGAUUACGGCACCGUCUCCUCACUCGACGACCUGGAAAAACGAGCUCUGGACAGGAAGUACUUUUUUGACAAGUCCACUGGGUUGCUGUGGUUGUACGCUCGUGCUCGGUACGGUCGUGUUGGUCACAGUUACUGCUCGGUUCGUGGUUGUGAGCGGGUGAAGAUCACAGCGACUUCCAGCACUAAACAGACCUGUAACUGCACCUCAGCAGCUUACCCCAAACACAGCCGCACCCCCAGCGCCCCCCUGCCCAUGCCCCGCCCCGCCCAGCCCUGCACCCGCUGCGGUGCGUCCCAGGUGGCCUUCUCCAGUGACCCAUCGAUCAGCUUCAUCCAGACCCAGAUCAAGUCCCUCAGCCUGGCAGAGGAGCAGAACAACGACACUCAGGCCUUCAUCGCUGUCAACAACCAGCGCUAUGACCUCGCCAAGACCGGCUUCUUCACCGUGUCUGUAGACGCCUGCACUGGAAAAGUCAACAAGUAUUCAUUCUUCCCCAAACUGGACUCGAAAAUGGAGCAGCAUUUCAAAUCCGGAAUCCCAGUGCGGUCUAUUGUUCUGCUGGCUUCACGAGGUCAGCCUGCUGGAAUUGCCGGUGUCGCACAAUAUCUGGUUCCACUGGGAGCAGCCAAGGUGGCAGAUCUUCAGGGAAGAGCAAGUCUGGCGUUCUUCGGCUUCCAGGGCUCCUCCCCGCUCCAGCCCUGGGUGUCUCUGGUGCUCAGCCGUGGGGAGGAGGCGGUGGGGAUGCAGGAGAGGUACAUCCCCCUCUCCCUGGUGGAGUAUGCCUGCCCUCCACCCUCAGAGCCUCCAGCACGGAAAGAUCUGGAGCUGCUGAGGAAAGCCCUGAGCUGAGGAACUGAACCUGUCCUGAAUGUGAACAAGCAGAGACCUGUAGAAGCCCAUUCCCCCACCUAACACAUACUAAUAAUCCAGCACUUUCCUCUUAUUAUUAUUAAAUACAUUUCUAUCUCAAUAUUUUGAGAUAGUAAGUCGUCAUUUUGAGAUAAUCAUUAUUUUAACAUACUAUCUCAAUAUUUUGAGAUACUAUCUUAAUAUUUUGAGAUAGUAAAUCAUUUAUUUCAGAUAGUAAGUUGUCAUUUUGAGAUACUAAGUUAUUAUUUUGAGAUAGCAUUAUUUUAAAAUACUUUAUCAAUAUUUUGAGAUAGUAAGUCGUCUCUUUGAGAUACUAAGUCAUUAUUUUGAGAUAUAUCAUUAUUUUAAAAUAUUAUCUCAAUAUUUUGAGAUACUAUCUCAAUAAUUUGAGAUACUUAGAAAUUUUUUGAGAUACUAUCUGAAUAUUUUGAGAUAGUGUCUCAUUAUUUUGAGAUACUGUCUUAAUAUUUUAAGAUAGUAAGUCAUUAUUUUGAGACACUAGUAGACUGUACAGAGACAAAAGCAGGUGAGACAAAGACGCAAAAAGUUUUUUUUUCUCAAAAGCAAACGCACUUGCUAUCUCAAAAUAAUGACUUAAUAUUUCAAAAUAAUGACUUAGUAUCUCAAUAUAAUGACUUACUAUCUCAAAAUAAUGACCUUGUAUAUCAGAAUAUUGAGAUAGCAGUUUACUUAAUAAUAAUUAAAAAAUGUGCUGGAUUAUUUUUUAUUUGUUUAGGUGGCGGGACUGGGCUUCCAUAGACACCAGACUGAAUGUGAAUUUAUGAACUUAAUUUAUUUAUACCAAAAAAAGAGAAGAGAUACGUUGAGGGGUGGGGUAUUUUAUACAGUGUGCAGGUGUGUGUGUGUGUGUGUGUGUGUGUGUGUGUUAGAGAGUAAGAGGGAGAGAGCGAUAGAGCAAGAGCGAGAGAGAGUGUGUAUGUUUUGUCUCUCUGUUGUUUGUGUUUUGUCUGUAAAGUCACGGCACCGUGUGCUGCACUUUUUUAAGAACUGAACAGUGAACAGGAACGAUCUGAGCAAGUGGAGGAAUUGAACUGUAUUUAAGGGAUCAUUAAUAGAAUAAUUUGCCCCAAAAAAAUUGAAUUUACACAAUUUUCCAGUUAACCCUUUCAUUUUUUUAAAGUGUUUUUUCUUUGUUUUUGUGUAUUCUUGCACUUAA